AUGCCGUCUUACUUCUAUCACCUCAAAUUCGAGCUCUAUCCGACCCCUAAUCCGGUCAUCGCCGGGGUGGUCAACACAGCAGACCGCAAAGAUAUUUGGCUUCCACCUCCAGAGGCCAGCAUCUUUGAUGAUUUCCCAUCUCACCCUCGACCAGACCGACGAACAUCCCACCAAAUACCGCUCUUUUCCUCUCCCCGACGCGAAUCUCCAUCCUCGUCUCCAUCUCCGUUCACAGAGCAAAGCUCACCUUCUUCGACUCCGGGCGUCAUCGAUUGUGGUACGGCAGCGCGUGCGCCGGUUAAAGGGGCUGAGCGCAAGAUCGAGAUUUUGUCCGAGAGGCAGUGGCUUGAACGAACAAACAGCUUUCCGCCUCCCCACUCCAGCGCAGCGAUCCGACCACAGAACGCAGUUAAAGACUGGCGAUUUGGACGCGUGAGCAUCGAGACGGUCGACUUGCAACUAGGACAUAUCAUGGCAGGAGAGAACAGUCGAGCAGGGCCGUCUGCGGCGCCGUCCCUAGGGCCUACGUUUGGAGGCGCAGGCACAGCGACAAAAGCCGAGUUCCUUCCGCUCGAGACGAAGAACACAGAAGUUGGAUGGGGUGUGGUACACUUCUAUCGAGAUGGGGAAGAAACACACGGGAUGGGAGAGGCUGAGCACCGCGAAGAUGCGGAAGAACCAAAAGACACCGACUACACCACGCUUUGCAUCCCUGCUGUACCUGCCUAUAUGUCUCCCGGAGACCUGAUGGGGUUCGUAGGUGAGAAGUGGAGGGGCGAUAUUAGCCACUGCCGCAUGGUUAUGACUUCGAAGAUGAAUCGAUAUCUCGUCUUGCUCAAGUUUCGAGAUAACGGUCGAGCCAAGCAAUGGCGACGGGAGUUCGAUGGCAAAGUGUUUAAUACUAUGGAGCCCCAAAUAUGCCAUGUUGUGUUCGUAAAGAGCAUUACAUUUGAGACGCCAACUCGGAGGAAGCCUAGCAACAGCCUAUCAACUCUAUCAACAUCCGCCGGCAUGUCAAGCAGUCUCCGGCCUUUCCCUCCCCCAACCCCGAAUUUGGUCGAGUUGCCUACCUGUCCUGUGUGCUUGGAACGGAUGGACGAAACAAACGGACUGAUGACGAUACCAUGUUCCCAUGUGUUUCACUGCACCUGUCUUCAGAAUUGGAAAGGAGCUGGGUGUCCAGUCUGUCGAUUCACUAAUACUUCACUCGAUGCAGACUCAGAUCCAUCAAAUCCUUACACACAGCCGUUUGGCUCGGGGGCAUCCAAUCUCUGCAGUAUAUGCGACUGUGCGGAUGACUUGUGGAUAUGUCUGAUCUGCGGUUACGUUGGUUGCGGCCGAUACAAGGGCGGUCAUGCAAAAGAUCACUGGAAGGAGACGGCUCAUAGCUUCGCCCUUGAGCUGGAGACACAGCAUGUCUGGGACUAUGCUGGGGACAUGUGGGUGCAUCGAUUGAUUCGCGAUAAGGGGGACGGCAAGGUAGUGGAACUCCCGGGCAGAAACCGAUCAGUUGGCCACUUGGAGGAGGAAGAUGUGGUGCCUCGAGCAAAACUGGAUAGCAUCGGGCUGGAGUAUACGCACCUCAUCACCAGCCAACUCGAAUCGCAGCGGGCAUAUUACGAAGAAAUGAUUAGCAAGGCCGUCGACAAAGCUUCAAUGGCAUCUGCAGCGGCUGAGGAUGCGGCCAGACGAGCCUCACAAGCUAUGGAGAAGCUCGCGUUGCUGGAUGAAAAGUACACGACUCUCAGUAAGGAGACUAUUCCUGAACUUGAAAAGGAGCUUGCUCGUGAGCGGAACAGGGCGAGCAAGAGUGAAACACUUGCCCGCAACUUUGGCAAGACGGUUCAGGAGGAGAAGCGACUGAAUGAAGGACUUAUGAAACGGAUCGAACAUCUUAAUACCGAUCACGAAUCAAUAUCCCGGCAACUAGAGGAGCUCAAAGCAGAGAAUGCUGAUCUCAAGGAGAUGAAUCGCGAUCUGAGCAUGUUCAUCUCUGGACAGGAAAAGCUCAAGGAGCUGGAGAAUGAGGGCAAGAUUGAGGAGGGUGAACUUGAGGGAGGAAGUGCAAGCGUGCCUGAGAAGAAGGGUAGGCGACGGGGAAAGCGAUAA